GCACCACUCUCUGCAUCUUCAUUGUCCAGGACGUAUUUGUAUGUGUCGAUUGUACACGCCAUCAGCCACAUUAUGCCUAGCGGUCCGACAAGUCGUGGCUGCAACGCUUGUCGCGCACAGAAGAAAGGUUGCGACAGGCAGAAGCCAGUAUGCUCGCGCUGCAAACGCUUGAACCUUGUAUGCGUAGGGGCGGGCGAGCAAAGGUUCAAGUUUGUAGGAACAGACUCCAAGCCAUCCAACUCAACGAAGCUUGUUCCCGUAGCCCGUACGUCAAUUUCGCCAGGCCUGGACAGCGAAACCACAAGCAUUAGCAGUGCUUUCAUCCGAACGCUUGGAAUUGGUGAUCCAUCCAGUCAACUCGAUACCAUAACUAUGGUCAAUGGAUUGUUUGCGCAGAUUCCGCGUCGUCUCGGCUCUAACAAAGCCCUCGAUACUGCUUCCGAAGCAUUGAUGAGUAGCUAUAAGUUCGUCUAUGACCGAGGCCAGAUUCGGAAAGCUAGAAUGCACUACGGCCGUGCAUUGAAAGAGUUGUCAAUCACUUUACAAGACCCAGCGGCGACCCGUUCGUCAAAUACACUUUGUGCGAUCUACUUGCUACUAAUUUGUCAGAACUGGAUAUCUAAAGGUGAGAUGCAAUAUGGAAAUCACAUGGAGGGGGUUUGCUACGUGUUGAACGCCUUUGCCGAGACAUUCGACUGGACUCGACCCCGGCAUACUUACGACAAUUCCAACAACUUGGAGCUAGUAUUGAUAUCUAUAUUGACCUUCCCUCUGAUGGUGGAAAAGAUCUACAACCCCCGGUUAAACUUUGGCCCGUGGCUGCAAAAGGCACUGGCGUGGCAAGGUCCAAGAGGAAAAGACAUCAAAUACCCAUACAGCCUGGGAAUGAGAAACGUGUAUCAGAUCACAGAAUUAGUGCAAGACCCUGCGCCACACCAAACUGCUUUUGAGAUUGCAUAUGAUAUCCUUUGCGAGGAUAUAUCCAUAAUGGGACAACGACUUGCGGAUCUCUCAAUUAGUUCUGAUGGAAAGAGUGGAAAUGAAGUUCCUCAGCAGAUAAGAGCUUUACAAUUUGUUUAUGGCAUGCACUACGGCAUGAUGCUGCCUUUUGCUUGCAUCCUGAACUCCCUCCUCCGCGCAUUCCCCUCAAACCAGUUCCAACCGAAAGCACUAGAAGAAGAUGCCGAGAGAUUUGUUAAAGCAUCAAUCAAAUUGGCCAGAGAAUCGAAUCCAUUACGACCAUUGGGCACCGAAGGGAUUCCUUGGGUGUUAUGCUUCACGUGGGCCCUCUCAUCUGAUGCAGCCACACAAACUGAAAUAGAAGACUUGAUCAGAAUGUACGACUCGGAUUUUAUGGGCGCGAAUAAUUUCCCGGUCGCCAUAUGGACAAGGAGAUGGCUUGAGAAACAAACGAACAAGAUCCGCGGGAUCGAAGAGGAAUUGCACGGUAUAGGCGAAAGUGACGCGGAUUUGGAAGCCGUGAUAGGACCUGGAAGAUCUUGCUGUGUCAUGUAG